GUUUCAGAGUACAGCGUCAGUUUAUACACAAAAAUCGCGCCAGAUGGUCACGAGUGAAAGUUGAUAAUUUUUUUUUGGUGAAAUAUCGUAAUUUUUUUUAUAAGUACCGAAAAAAUCUUUUGGAAAAUUAAAAGAAAAAAUGGCUGAGGCCUACGAGGACUACUACCCCGUGUACACUAGGAUGGAAGACAUCACGGAGCAGGAUGACAGACAUUUGGCCGGAGCGAGAAAAGAAAUUAGAAAUGACUUAACUGUUAUUAUUCCGGAAAAUCCGUUCCCGGAAAUAGCAGUAGAUGCGUACCCGCCCUUAAAAUUUUCUUGGGUUAUUCCCAAAAAACUAGCAGCUAUGGCCUUUCCAAGGCAUGUAGAAAAUCUACAGUUUCUCGUCAAUCAGGGAAUAACUCACCUGGUGACACUGACGGCGGGUAAGAAGCCUCCAGUGGACGACAUCCCUAGCCUGAGAUGGACAGAGAUACCAAUUGAAGAAUUCGAGGCGCCCACGGUGGAACAGAUUGGACAGUUCAUUGAUGUUUGUAAGCGGUCGGAUAAAAAUGGUGAGGUGAUGGGCCUCCACUGCCGGCAGGGUCGGAGCCGCUCCGGCGUGAUGCUGGCCUGCUAUCUGGUUCACUUCCACCGGUUCUUGCCAGACCAAGCUAUAAACGUUGUCCGAAUGAUACGUCCAGGUUCGUUAUUUUUUGAGGAACAAGAAGAAGCUAUCGGCAGAUAUUUCGAGCAUCUCACAGAGAACAACCCGCUGAGGUUCGGCGUCAGCGAUGACGUCGUGGAGGAGUUUAUAGAAGUCGCUAAAGAGACAACCAAGCAAGCGUUAUAGAGCCAACAAUAUCACUAAUUAUAUACCUAGGUGUAACAAAAAGCUGGCACCAACUACAAAAACACGACGUAUCAAUGAAGACGGUUGUGAAAAGAAAUAGCCAUACCUGUAAUAAUAACUAAUUAUAAACAUACCUAU